AUGGAUUCAACACCGCUGCCCCCGAGGAGUUAUAUGCCCAAGAACCCAGAUGGCCCAUUCCCGUACACGCAGGCGGAUCUUACGCCCACAGAACCCGGCAAUGACACUGCCUUUUAUUCGUCGCCGCGCUUCGUGACACACAUUGAUGACAACGCCAUCAACAACCUCCGACGGCAUUAUGACGACGUCUUGCCUCGAAGGGGCAGAAUCUUGGACUUCUGUUCCAGCUGGAUUUCGCACUACCCGCGCGAGGUGGCAGAGGCGGCCACGUCGGGGGAGCUAGAGGUGCUGGGCACGGGGAUGAAUGCUCUGGAAUUAAGCAAGAACAGGGUGCUCAAGCAUUGGUCCGUGCAGGAUCUCAAUGACGAUCCGGAUGUGCGGUUACCGGGAGCGUCGGCGAAGGAGGAGCCGGAGCCAGAGCAGAAGCUCGACGCAUCGACGUGUGUGGUCUCGAUCGACUAUUUGACCAGGCCUGUGGAAGUGCUGAAGAGCAUUCGACGGCAGACAAAGGACGGUGGCAAGGUACAUCUGAUCGUCUCGAACCGCUGUUUUCCUACAAAGGUAGUCAGCAGGUGGCUGCAGGUCGAUGAAGAGGACCGGCUGGCCAUGGUCGGCGACUAUUUGUGGUGGUCCGGGUGGCGACACAUUGAGAUCCAGACUUUGGUCCAAGGAUCGUUCAUGACUGAUCCGUUGUGGGUGGUCAGGGGGGAGAAUACGGGCGAAGUCACGCAGUCGGUUGAGAAUUGA